AUGUUAAAACAAAGAACCUUUAAAGAUGAACUUUUAGGGUUUUAUGCAAGGCAAUCAGAGGGACAGUCAUUCAUUCCACCUUAUUUAUCAUCAUCGGUCUAUGCUGAUUUGGUCAGACAACAACAGUUUAUUUUUCAAACCAUCAAACAAAUAGACGGAGACGAAAACAAAAGAAUACCUACAUCAAACGAAUAUGAUACUCUUCAAGCUUGUCUUUCAAAUGAUUCGUUCAAGAUGACAUUAGCAUUACAGGAUCUACGUUUACCAACAGCAUGGGAUAUUAAAGCAAAAGGAGAAUAUAUUGACAUUAGUUUGGAUCAUAUGCAACUGACUUACAAAGGUAAUGGAAAAGAUGAAUCUGAAGUUUCUUCUGUACGAGCCAACCAUGCUAUGCGAAAACAAUGCGGCAUUUAUUAUUUCGAAAUUCAAAUUCUUUCAAAGGGAGUUGAUGGACACAUUGGCAUUGGGUUUUGUCGAAAACUAAAUAGUCUUGAUCGAUUCCCAGGUUGGGAAGAAUAUUCUUGGGGAUACCAUGGAGAAACAGGCAAAGUUUAUUCAGGAUCAGGAACUGGCCAAAACUAUGGACCUAAAUUUGGUACAGGCGAUAUUAUCGGUUGUGGUGUCGACUUUCGAAACAUGACAGCAUUUUAUACGAAGAAUGGAGUUUAUUUGGGAACAGCAUUUAAAAAGAUUAAAGAGACUAUGGAGUUGUUCCCGUUUAUAGGAUUCAAGACACCAGGCGAAAAGAUAGAAGUCAAUUUUGGAGCAAAACCAUUUAUGUUUGAUAUUGAACAAUGGAUAGAGAAUGAAAGGAGAACACUUUUAAGUCAGAUUGUAGAGGAAAGAGAGCAAGAAAGUGAAUCAGCCGAUCAGAUUGUAGUAGAAUAUUUGAAGCAUAAUGGAUACACAAAGGCAGCCAAAUCGUUAGAGGCAGCUUUAUUAACUAAAAAUGGGGAUAUAAUAAAUAAGGACAAAAAGGGUUCUAAUGAUAUUAUCGAUGUUGAUUCAUUAUAUAGACAAGGUAGUCAAUAG